AGCACAAUUUCUAACCACCUUCUGCUGUGUUAAGUGUGUGUGUCUUUGGUUUAUAUACUGUGCUGUGGGUGUGGAAAUUUCAUUUGGUAUCAGAGCCUGCAUAGCUUAUUUUACUAGCUAUCGAUCAUAUCAUGGGAGACAUGGAAGAAGGAGCGAAUGUUCAGAGACCACCUUUACUGCGUGGACAUAACUACAAUUUCUGGAAGGGCAGGAUGAGGGCCUUUCUCAAAUCCCUUGGUGGUGGAGUCUGGAGAAGUGUAGAAACUGGGUGGACUGAACCGCGCAAAUACUCUGAUGAUCUGACAACGUCAAGAAUCAAACCAUUCGAAGAAUAUAGCAGAGCUGAAGUAACCGCUGCUGAGUUUAAUGACAAAGCCUUAAAUGCAAUCUUUGGGGCAGUGGACUCUACCCAAUACAAGCUCAUCUCAAACUGUGACAAUGCCAAGGAAGCUUGGGAUAUUCUUGAAGUCACGCAUGAGGGAGAUGAGGAAGUGAAGACUGCAAAAUAUCAGAUCUUGAUGACUCAAUAUGAAAAUCUGCGCAUGGACGAGAAGGAAAAGAUCACUGAAUUUCAUGGAAGAGUUAGAGAUAUUGCAAACCAGGCUGCACGACUGAAUGAACCCAUUCCAGAAAACAAGCUGGUUCUCAAGGUGCUGAGAUCACUUCCAAAAGAAUAUGAGAUGGAUGUCAAGGCCAUUCGACGUUCCCAUAACAUCAAAAACAUGACUCUUGACGCACUUAUGGGGAUACUGGAAUCAAUUGAACUGGACAUGACAGAAGAUAAUAAACGAAGGAAACCUGAUAAGCAGAUUGCAUUUCCCAGCACUAAGGUGGAAGAUGACAGAGAACAUGAUUGGUCACUUGAUGAAGAUUUCCAAGAGCAGCUUUCAUUGUUCACUCGACAAUUCAAGANACAUGAAGGCACCUCCAAGGGACUUCCAUCAAAAGAUGCUAAGUAUAGAGAAGCCAAAUACACAGAAAGCUCAAACUAUAUGAAGAAGAAGGGGCCACAGUGUUUUGAAUGUGGCGGAUAUGGCCAUAUCCAGUCUGAGUGUGCCAACAAUCUAAAAAAGAAGAGACAAGCUUUCAAGGCAACUUGGAGUGAUGAUGAAACUGAAGAUCAGAGUGAUUAUGAAGAAUCUAACUGUGCAUUCAUUGCAAAUGUUGAUCUAGGUGACGAAGAGAGUCUUGAAGAACAACUCGAGGAUCUGCAAGAAAAAUGGUUAGAACUCCUGAUGGUGAACAAAAGGAAUGUCACAGACAAAAACAGACUGAUGUCAGAAGUUGAUGCUUUGAAGGAGAGAAUUGACGGACUCACCAGGAAAAUUGAAGAACUUGAAGGAGAAAAAUCCAAUCUGCUAUUCGAGAUAAAUCAACUAAAGUCCUAUCAAAAAUGGAUCAAGGUUGCUGGAGCAGAGGUGUUAGAUCAUCACUCGAUUAUGGCAAAAUCUCCUGGAGACAUGACAUGCAUUGGAUAUACUGAUAAAGGAAAGAUGCCACAAUCGCUUGAAGUCAAGUUUGUCAAAGCUUCUGAACAAACUGAAGAAGCUUCACCAACAACAGACACAGAAGAUCAAUCAGAUGCAGAACCACAGGCAAGUCAACCAGAAGAAGUCCGAGUGCCCAAUCACAUUCAAAAGAAUCAUCCUCUAGAAAAUGUGAUUGGAGAUCCACAAGAAGUAGCCUAUAUAUAUGCCUACUCUUUCACUUCAAAUUCACCACCCAUGGAAAAGACUACUAGAGAAAGAAAACAAAACCCCCAUUGUCCCAAACCUCCACCGGAGCCGCUGCGGAGAACGAUCUCCGAUGCGGGGCCCGGUCUUCCACAGACACUGCCUGCAGAAGCAGUGUCUGUGGUGGCAGUGGAGGAGGCGAAGUGCGAGUGUUGCGGGCACUCAGAGGAGUGCACGCCGGAGUACGUGGAGAGGGUGAGGGAGAAGUGCGCCGGAAAGCUGCUCUGCGGGCUGUGCUCGGAGGCGGUGGAGGAGGAGACGUGGAAGAGCGGCGGGCAGCGGGAGGCGGCGCUGCAGGAGCACAUGAAUGAGUGCCUUAGGUUUAAUAGGGUUGAUAGGGUGUACCCUGUGCUGUGUCAAGCUGAGGCCAUGAGAGAGGUCUUGAAGAAUAGUAGAGGUAAGGCCCUUAGCCCUAGAGGCCUUAAGGGUUGCCCUAAAGUUGGAGGAAAUAAAAUUGAAAGCAGCAGGAGAGGGAAAGAAAGGAGCGAGUGGAUAGCGAUUCCCAGAUGGCAUGCUGUUGCAUCAUGGACAUGGGAUGCACAGGAUGAAACUUGUGGGAUAUGCAGAAUGGCGUUUGAUGGUUGCUGUCCUGAUUGUGAAAUCCCCAGGGAUGAUUGCCCAUUAAUUUGGGGAGCUUGCAACCAUGCAUUCCAUCUCCAUUGCAUCUUGAAAUGGGUGAAUUCACAAACUUCUCAAGCUCAUUGCCCUAUGUGCCGAAGGGAAUGGCAAUACAAAGGAUGAUGAUGAAUUGAUGACAAACUUUGUUUUCUCAACACAUUUUCUAACUUCUGGGUACGUCUUUGUUCUGUUUAAUCGCGGUGGCUUUGAGGCGAGUAUGUCACUUAAGCUGAUUUAUAUGGCUCCAAGAUUAGUUGGACGAACGUAACGGGUUAUCAAAUUGAUAGUUGUACACUUAUUGCAGAAGUGAAAGACCAAAUAUGGAAAUGGUCUAAUUCCAAUUCAAAUUUUUAUUGAAUUGUGGGACUGAAAUUGAUUUUUUU